UUUGAAUAAUGUCCAUUUGGAUUAAAGGCGCAAUCGUCGGAAGAAAUGCGGGCAGCGCUCUACGAAGAUGUUACAGCUAUAAUUUCGAUGGCAGGGUGGUUUUAAUCACUGGCGGUUCGCUGGGAAUCGGCCUCGAUUUCGCCAGGAUUCUUUUAGAAAAGAACAUCAAGGUUCGUGAAAGCUUGGAAUGCAUUAUGUGCGUUUUCAUUCAUUUUAUCUCUCUCGGAAUAUUACGUAAAGGGCGUCGUUUUGGCUGACGUCAAUGAUAAAGAUGGAAUGGACGCCGCCAAGAAGUUUGGACAAAAAGCAAUCUACUUGAAGACCGACGUCUCGAAGAAAUCUGACAUGGAAGCAUGUUUCAACGAGACUUUGAAAAAGUUUGGCACAAUCGAUAUUGUUAUCAACAACGCUGGGAUUUUGGAUGAAGAGAGGUAUGAGUUGUUGAUUGACACUAAUAUUAAAGGCGUUAUUUACGGAACGUUGCUUGGGUUCAAGCAUAUGGGCAAACAUAGGAAAGGAAAAGGUGGAAUCGUGGUGAACGUGGCUUCAAUCGUUGGAGUGCGGCAAUUCGCUGGAUUUCCGGUCUACACCGGAACCAAGCAUUUCGUUAUAGGUUUCUCGCGUGCUAUUGGAUCGCCCUUCUACUACGAUAACACGGGCGUUAAAAUCUUGUCGAUCCUUCCCGGAUUCACGGAAACCGUUCUAAUCCAUAAAGUGCCCACUCUUAAGGAAUUUGAAGAGCUUAAGCUGAAUGAGUACACCAAUAAUAAGAUAGCAACUUUUGCAGCGCAACCGUAAUAAGUGUAUCAUGUCUAUCAGGGUAACACAUGUAAAGGAUUUGUUGGAUUUGUGGAUUUUCAGAGUUAGCUUC